AGCCAGCAAAAAAAAUAAUAGAUGAAAAAGAAAAUAUAUAUAGUGUUCGACUAAAGAGAAUGGUUGGCAAAGGGCAAUAUUGUCUUUUUGCAAACCGUAAACAAUUUCUCCCUCAUUUUUUAGUGUUGACACUUUUUAUGUUUUCCAGUCUUGGAAUUUCUACAUCGUUCGACUAUGGAGAAGCACUCUCGAAGAGCCUCCUCUACUUCGAGGGCCAGCGCUCGGGACGCCUACCUUACAACCAGAGAGCCACCUGGCGCCACCACUCCGGCCUCACCGACGGCCUCGAACAAGGGGUGGAUUUAGUCGGGGGCUACUACGAUGCCGGUGAUAAUAUAAAGUUCGGUUUGCCAAUGGCGUAUACGAUAACACUUCUUUCUUGGAGUGUGACCGAAUUUCACGAUCAAAUCGCCGCUGCCGGCGAACUCCGACAUGCCCUUGACGCCAUCAAAUGGGGAACUGAUUAUUUCAUCAAAGCUCACACUCAUCCCCAUGUUCUAUGGGCUCAGGUGGGUGAUGGUGAAACCGACCACCAGUGCUGGCAGAGGCCCGAGGACAUGACCACGUCUCGCCGGGCUUAUAAGGUGGACGAGGAGAAUCCGGGCUCGGAAGUAGCGGCGGAGACGGCGGCUGCUAUGGCGGCGGCCUCUAUUGUGUUUAGGAGAAUAAACCCACGUUACUCUCGCCUUCUAUUGGUCCAUGCGAAACAGUUAUUUGAGUUUGGUGACAAGUAUAGAGGGAGAUAUGAUGCGAGCAUUGAUGUAGCAAAGGGGUAUUAUCCGUCUGUGAGCGGGUACAUGGAUGAGUUACUGUGGGCCGCUCUCUGGCUAUAUAAAUCAACGGCCAAUAUUAGCUACUUCGAUUAUGCCAUUCAAAAUGGGGAAUCUUUUGGUGGGACCACUUGGGCCAUUACAGAAUUCAGCUGGGAUGUUAAGUACGCCGGUGUACAGACAAUUGCAGCCAUGCUGCCAACUGAAGGAAGAAGCAAAGAACAGAAAGAAACCCUCCAGAAAUACCGCUCAAAAGCAGAGUACUUCAUAUGCGCUUGCUUAAACAAAAACAAUUCCACUAACGUGGAACGCACCCCUGGUGGGCUCCUCUACACCCGUCAUUGGAACAACAUGCAGUACAUCUCCAACGCAUUGUUGCCUCUCGCGGUCUACUCCAACCACCUCCACUCCACCAAUCGGACACUCCACUGCGAUUCCGGCCAAGUGGGCCCAGACGAGAUCCUCACCUUCGUGAAAUCACAAGUGGACUAUAUUUUGGGGUCCAAUCCUAUGGGAGUGAGCUACAUGGUAGGCUAUGGACCCACCUAUCCGGUGAAGGUGCACCAUAGGGGAGCAUCCACCGUGUCGUAUAGAGAAUCAAAGGUUUUUAUUGGGUGCAUGCAAGGGUACUAUAGUUGGUUCGGACGAAGGGGUUCAAACCCGAAUGUUCUUGUCGGAGCUUUAGUUGGUGGGCCCGAUAAAGAUGAUGGGUUUAGUGAUAGGAGAGAUAACUAUGCCCAAACCGAGGCUUGCACGUACAAUACUGCGCCUUUGGUUGGGAUUUUUGCCAAGUUUCACGCAUUAGAAAAGGUUUAUUCAAAUUCCACGGUUUCAAACAAAUAGAGACAAAUGGCGACGAAUUAUAAAUAAAAAAGCAAAACUACAGAGCACAUGCUUUGGAUACCAUAGCAAUUUUGUGUUACGAACUUAUCUUGGAUCGUAGACGAAUGGUGAAAUCCAGGGUAGAUUUUACUGUUCAUCUCAUAUGGAUGUUUGUUUUUGUGUAUGAAUGAGUAGUGAAAAUGUACCCGAUGUAACAUUUAGUAAUCGCAACGAAUAUCACGACAAGAUUUUAUAAGCUCAGCCAAACACACUCUCCUAAUCGGUAUCUAAUACUUCUACCGGUUAACAAGUCAUCACAAAGAAAUUAUGCAAAAGGUUACAGCAAAUCGGAUGCAAAAUAAGAGCGCAGAAGACACUAUAGACAUAAAAAUAGUAUUGAAAUAAGCAAAUCAAAUAGUUGAAAGCACAUCCCUCCAAUUCCGAGAAAAUAUAUUUAUCUUCAGUUUUAAGAUAAGCCCCCUACCAUCGUACAAAAUUAAGUUCUAUAAUAAUAGCAGCUUCUAGAAGAUGAAACACGACGACUUUUGGCAUAUCCAUCCAGUUCAGAAUUUAAAGUCUUUCUUUUUGGGUGCCACCUGCACUUGUUGAAGGAGAUGGUUUAUUUUGCAGACGA